GGGGGAGGUUUCCAAAAAUAAAACCGUUCAUCCCUUCCAGAGCCAGCCAGUGCCAGAGGCAAGCGAGAAGGUGCUUGGAGCUGUCUGCAGAGAGCACAUGAGCUUUCUGACAGCCAACAGAAAGGGGACGGGUCGAGGAAAGGCAGGGAGUUCUUAUUCUUUCUAAGGUAGGAAACAGUUGCUGAAGUUUUGUGGGACCUAUACUUUCAGCGUUUCUCUGUGUCACUGCCCUUCUGGACCCCCUUCUACCCCUUGGAAGGAGCCAUUUGUACAUGUACCUUAAGAUGUAAAUGGCUUUGAAAUGUGUUUGAAGUAUUUAUCCUGACUCACUUUCUGACAACUGCCUUCCCAAACUCCAGUUGCGCUCCUUAUAUGAAACUACCAGUCUUGAGACGGAGUGCUUUUCCUUUUGGACAGAAACCAUGAGAGGCUCCUGGAGGAGUCUUCUCUUAUUCACUGUAGUUCUUUUUGUGGGGGUGACUGAUGGUCAAAGAGAUUUUGCUGGACAAUUGGAUCAAAAUCCUUCCUUCAGAACUGAACUUGGCAGCAGAGAUGCAAAUCGGCUAAGAUUCUGGAACCAAGGUAGCUCGGGACAGACAAACAAAGUGUUCAGUUUGUUCCAGGCACACAAUCCCUCUUCUUCCUUGGACCAUGUUUCUGCAACUCCUCAAGCUGAUGUAGUCUCUAAUGCCCGAAUGAGAAACCUGGCAGGGAGGGAAAAUCGAAAACCUAACUCUGCUUCCUCAAGCAUCAGAUCCCAGGCAAGCAAUCCUGGAACAAGACCGGAUGCUCCAGGCAGAAGCCCAAGUUGGACUGUGCAGCAGAGACAAAGGACGGACCUCUCACAGCAGUGGUCACGAAAUGGACCACGGCCACGGGUAGUACCACAAACAAGGCCGCAAAAUUCCCGAAGCCGGAUAAUUGGGCCUAAUGUCUGUGGAGGACAAUGCUGCUCAGGGUGGACAACUGCUCCUGGGACAAAUCGCUGCAUUAAACCUGUGUGUGACCCUCCAUGCCAGAACAAAGGAUCCUGCAGUCGCCCUCAGCUUUGUAUUUGCCGUUCCGGUUUCAGAGGAUCCCGAUGUGAAGAGGUAGUUCCAGAACAAGAGUAUCAUCCACCUGGCCAUGCAACAGCCUUACAGCCUUCAGGAGGCUCUCUUCAAAGAAGAGUGGGAAGUGCAGUGAGAGAUGGCAUACCAAGAGGAGAGCAGCGACCUGCCACUCAGAAGCUACCAGCUGGGACUCAGAGCAGAAGUGGCUCCGUUGCUACCUCCCAGCAGCAUCAUACAGGGCCAUCUCGUACAGUCCGACGCUAUCCAGCUGCAAAUAAUGACCCGUUAACAUCAAAUGCUUUGCCAAAUGGAAAUGGAUUUGAUCUGAACAGUUCUGGACCACGUAUGGCAUAUCCAGAGCCUAUGUCUCCUCUUUGGGGUGCCAACCUUACAGAAAAAAUCAAGAAGAUAAAGAUUGUCUUUACUCCCACAAUCUGUAAGCAGACUUGUCGACAUGGCCGUUGCUACAAUAGCUGCGAGAAAGGGGAUACCACCACCCUGUACAGCCAAGGUGGACAUGACCCUGACCCCAAAUCUGGCUUCCGUAUAUAUUUCUGCCAAAUUCCCUGUCUAAAUGGAGGACGCUGUGUAGGCAGAGACGAAUGCUGGUGUCCAUCUAAUUCAACAGGGAAGUUUUGCCACCUACCAGCUUUAAAACCGGAAAGAAGACAAGUGCCAAAUAGUCUGGCAGGUGGCUCUAUGAAGCAUUCCAUGUACACACUUCCUCUGUCCAACCAACUUGCAUCAAUAAACCCAUCCCUUGUGAAUGUACACAUCAACCACCCUCCAGAAGCGGCAGUGCAGAUCCAUCAGGUGGCCAGAGUAAAAAGUGACUUAGACCAAUCAGAAGACAACAGUGUUGAAAAUACAUUGAUAACUCGUCUUUCCACAAGCCUCCAAUACAGUGAUAAUGCCACAGGCAGCAGCAGCAACAACAUUGUCACAGAUGGGAACCGGCAGCAGGAGCCCCAGAGCUUCUUGGGAAGAUGUUACCUGCAGACUCUACAUGGAAAGUGCGCUGAGCCACUGCCUGGCCUGGCCAAGUAUGAGGAUUGUUGUGGGAGUGUGGGGGCCUUUUGGGGGGCCAGCAGAUGCAUCCCAUGCCCAUUGAAACCAGAUCACCCAGUGAUUGAAAAUGGACACGUUGAAUGCCCCCAGGGAUAUAAGAGGUUGAAUCGGAGCCACUGCCAAGAUAUCAACGAAUGUCUAAUCCUUGGUGUAUGCAAAGAUGCAGAGUGUGUGAAUACCCGUGGCAGCUUCCUUUGCACUUGUAAAGCAGGUACCAUGUUGGAUCCAUCCCGCAGUCACUGUAUUUCUGAUAAAGCGGUUUCCACAGAGCAGGGACUCUGCUUUCGCUCAGCAAUAGGAGGAGCGUGUGCCUUGCCGCUCAAUCAUCGCAUCACCAAACAGAUUUGCUGCUGCAGUCGUGUUGGCAAAGGUUGGGGGGCAAAUUGUGAAAAGUGUCCAUUGCCAGACUCCGAUGCUUUCAAAGAGAUUUGCCCUGCUGGCCAUGGCUACACUUAUUCCAGCUCUGACAUACGGAUGUCCAUGAGAAAGGCAGAAGCCGAUGAGCUUCCACACAGGUCAGAGGAGCAGGGAGAAAUCACUGACAAGGUUCCCGACUGGACAAUAAGGCAUCAAUCGCUGCAGGAAGUCUUAAGUGGUGGCAUCACUGAUACAUUCUCUAAGAUCGACAUCUCUGCAGUAAAAGGGGACUCUGAAGAAGAUCAGGAUACCGAUGAUGCUAUUCAAGAAACAGAUAUUACCCCAGUGGAUGUGGUAGAGAUUUCUCCCCAUUUUCCUGCCCACCCAUUUCCGGAAUCUUUUGGGGAAGAUACUGCUUCCACAGAUAUACCAACAAUGCUUACAGAAACAAAUAUGUGCUCCUCUUCACCCAGCCUCUGUGGUCCAGGCACCUGUGUUAACCUGCCAGGAGGAUAUGCCUGUUUGUGUUAUCCGGGUUAUCAACAGCAUCCCAGUCACACCUAUUGCAUUGAUAUUGAUGAGUGUGAGAGAAAUCCAUGUGAUGGGAAAGGUCACUGCAACAAUAAUGAAGGCUCUUAUUCCUGCAUCUGUUUUUCUGGUUAUACCCUUCUCAUUACACCAAACACACAAACAUGCCAGGAUUUAAAUGAGUGUGACCAGCCAAACAUGUGCCAUGGAGGGCAAUGCAUCAAUACACCUGGCUCCUAUCACUGUGAAUGUAAAUUAGGCUAUAUCAUGGACUACAGAGGACAAUGUGAAGAUAUCGAUGAGUGUGCAGCUUAUAACAUCUGCCCCAGAGGGCGCUGCGUCAACAGCGAAGGCUCCUUCUCAUGUAUUGCUUGUGGCACUGGAUACAUUGCAUCACAGGAUGGAAGAACAUGUGAAGACAUUGAUGAAUGUCUCUCACAGAUGGCUUGUCCCCAAGGAAUCUGCACUAAUACUCCGGGUUCCUUUGCGUGCCAGUCCUGUGACACUGGUUAUGUGCUCUCAUCUAACCGACUCACUUGUGAAGAUAUUAAUGAGUGUGCAGACCCCCACAGUCACUGCCUGGGAGGCGAGUGCUUAAACACACCGGGCUCGUACAUCUGCCACUGCCAGCCUGGAUUUGAGCUCUACAAUGGAACCAUGUGUGAAGAUCUGAAUGAGUGCCUGGACAGUGGUAUCUGCAGCCCCAAUGGCGAGUGCCUGAACAGCCAUGGAUCCUAUUUCUGUAUUUGUGCUCUUGGCUUCUCAAAUGCUGCUGGUGGGGUCAGCUGUCAAGAUGUAGAUGAGUGUGCAGAUCAUUCCAGGUGUUUGCAUGGCCAGUGCCUCAACACAGAAGGAUCCUACAGAUGUUUGUGUCAAACUGGCUUCAAACAUUCCCAGGAGACAGACGACUGUAUUGAUGUGGAUGAAUGUGAGGAAUAUGGGGAUACUGCUUGUGGCUCCUGGAGAUGCCAGAACACCUUGGGUUCAUAUCAUUGCAUUAUGGGGUGCCCACCUGGCUUCCAUCGCACACCAUUUGGCGAAUGCAUUGAUAUUGAUGAAUGUGCCAAUGAGACAUUGUGUGGAAACCACGCCUUUUGUGACAACACUGAUGGUUCUUUCCGUUGUCUUUGUGACCGUGGCUAUGAGACCUCGCUAUCUGGCCAUGACUGCGUUGAUGUGAAUGAGUGUGAGCUGAUGGUUGCAGUGUGUGGGACCGCACUUUGUGAGAACGUAGAAGGAGCCUUCCUGUGCCUGUGUCCCAGUGACCAUGAGGAGUAUGACACAGAAGUAGGAGAGUGUCGCCCGCGAGAAGGCAUGGAGGAACUUGGAAGCCCUGUAUCUUUGUAUCCCAGCAUCACCGAAAGGAAGGAGUGCUACUAUCGUAUCAGUGACACCCCACUAUGUGAUAGUGUUUUGGCCAACAAUACCACAAAAGAGGAAUGUUGCUGCACUGAAGGAGCAGCCUGGGGAGAUAAUUGUGAAACUCACCCAUGCCCUAUUAUUGGCUCAGUGGAUUACAUUGAGAUUUGCCCCAGUGGGAAGGGCUAUAUCCCAGUGGAAGGGACGCUUAUUUUUGGACAGACGUCUUAUACAGAUGCUGAUGAAUGCCAAAUGUUUGGCCCUGAGGUCUGUCGUAAUGGACACUGUGUGAACACCGUGCCAGGGUACACUUGCUUCUGUCAGGCUGGAUAUUUUUAUGACGCCAGCAGGCUUGAAUGUGUUGAUAUAGAUGAGUGUGUAGGAGAGGAGACCUGUGUAAAUGGGAUGUGUGUCAACAUGGCUGGAUCCUAUCACUGCUUCUGCAACCGCCCCUUGGUCCUGGAUGCUAUCCGUAACCGCUGCAUCAAUGUCUCUAAUAGUGCUGAUGAUGUGGAUGAACACGACCUCCAUUUGGACAUCUGCUGGCAGAGUGUCUCCAACUAUAUCUGUAGCCAGCCACUGCUGGGGCAACGCACCACAUACACAGAAUGCUGCUGCCGUUUUGGAGAGGCCUGGAGCCAAGACUGUGCACUUUGUCCUCCCAGGUCCUCAGAGGAUUUUGCUCAGCUCUGCAAUGUUGCCAGGAGUGAAGGUGGACCCCAAGAAAGGUCUGGCUAUGAAUAUGGGCCAAAUCAGGACCAACAUCACUAUGGACUCUACAGCCCAGAUUUAGAACCGUACUACAACCAGCUGGGUCUUGAGUAUGGAACACCUGAGAGCAGCCUCUCCAACAGAGAACAAAGCAAUGAAUUUGAAGACGUCACAUCCCAACAAGCCCCACAGUAUCGUCCAGUACAGACACAGCCUCAUUACUUGCCUGGCCAAACUGGGCAGUACAACAGCUUUGAAGGACUUCAGGCAGAGGAAUGUGGGAUCCUGAAUGGCUGCGAUAAUGGCCGUUGUGUUCGUGUGCAGGAGGGUUACACGUGCGACUGCUUUGAUGGCUUCCAGUUAGAUUUGAUCCGUAUGGCCUGUGUGGAUGUUAAUGAGUGUGAGGAAGCAAAUGCCUCUGUGAUCUUGUGUGAAGGCAGCACUUGUGAGAACACCGAGGGCUCCUAUCGUUGUAACUGUUUGCCUGGCUAUGUCGCUUUAGCAGAGCCUCAUCACUGUGUGCCGGAGACAGGACAGAAUCCAGAAGCAGCGUGACUCUUGAAACACUGAUGGAACAGAGGCAACUCUUUCAGCCAUUUGGUUCCAGAGAAGUGGAGUUCCGACCAGCUUGAAAGGUUACUGGGAUAUCAGCAGCUUUAAAAACCUCUUGCUUGUUUUCCAAAGACUAAAAACUCAACAGCACAAGCUUCCUGUUUUGGUAACUAAACACUCAGGGCCCAGUCCUGUCACCACAUGCUAUUUGAUAAGUUCUUGUCCGUCUCUAUUCUCAGAGGCUCUUGCCCUCUGGUGACUAAUGUGCAGUGUCAGGAAGCAGCAUGACCUCCCCAAACAUUUCUUGUCCCUCAAGGAUUUGCAGGCUCUUGUGUCCCAAGAAUUAUUCUCACAAGACCACCUUAUGUAAAGUGUUCACUCUCUCCGCCCACACCUCAGCCUAUUGUGUAGGAUCUCUACUUUUCACAAAUUCACUACAUUUUAAUUGUACUUACAAUCCUUACCAGACUUUUCUUAGGUAGUCUUGAGAGUCUUGUCACUUGGCCACAUCCGACAAAAAAAACAAAACCUCAGGACCCCUUCUAAUUCAGUGUGCUAAAGGAGAUUUGUCACAUUACCAGCACACAAAUAUUGACAUACUGUGUAGCUUUCUACAGUGACUGAACACCCUAUUCCACAGAAGACCUGGGCAUGAGGUUUAGCCCCAAUGAAUCUACCCAGGGUUAACAUUCCCUCAAAUCCCCUCAUUAGCAAAACAAACAGUCAGUCUCCAGUACCUGAGCCUGGAAGCGGGGGCUACUCGCCUCUUCAGAGUGUAUGGAUUAUAUUUUGGGCUCAAUCUUUCUUUAUUCAACCAAACCAUGGGCAUUCAUUCCUGCACUUUCCAUGACUGCUGAAAUACUAAUUUGGGAAACAAGAUGGAUUGCAGCCUUUACGUUUUGGGAAGUGCUCUCUUGUGAUGUUUUCUACUGGGACAAUACAACACGAUGUAAAAUAAAUGGUUUUAUAUUGUGCCUUA